CCAAUAUAAUGUUAUCUCAAUACUUGCCAGUCAAGAACAAUGAUCAAUGAAUAAUCAUAACCUCCCUGAAUCAGAGCACUCACUGCAAAAAAAGAAGAAGAUGAAGUCUAUUCAUGGGUUUUUGCUCUUCUUGAUCACAGCUUAUGUCAUUUUGGAAUCAGUUCAAGCUCAAGAUCAAUUAGGAUUCAUCAGUUUGGAUUGUGGGUUAGUCCCUAAGAACGCAACUUAUACGGAGAAGACGACAAAUAUAACAUACAAAUCAGAUGCAAAUUACAUCGAUAGUGGAUUGGUCGGGAGGAUCAGUGCUGAGUACAAAGCGCAGCUUCAGCAACAAACUUGGACCGUAAGAAGCUUCCCUGAGGGUGAAAGAAACUGUUACAACUUCAACCUUACCGCUAAAAGCAGAUAUCUCAUCAGAGCAACCUUUACGUAUGGGAAUUACGAUGGUUUGAGACAAGUCCCCAAGUUUGAUAUUCACAUUGGUCCUAGCAAAUGGACUUCUGUUAAGUUGGAUGGAGUAGGAAAUGGUGCAGUCCUCGAGAUGAUUCAUGUCUUAACACAAGACCGUCUUCAAAUUUGUCUUGUUAAGACAGGAAAAGGGAUACCAUUUAUUUCGUCGCUGGAACUUCGUCCGUUGAACAAUAAUACUUACCUCACGCAAAGUGGAUCGUUGAUUGGGUUCGCAAGAGUUUUCUUUUCAGCCACUCCAACAUUCAUAAGGUAUGAUGAGGAUAUCCAUGAUCGAGUCUGGGUUCGACAGUUUGGUAAUGGAUUGAAAUCGAUAAGCACAGACCUUUUGGUCGAUACAAGUAACCCCUAUGAUGUGCCACAAGCUGUGGCAAAGACUGCAUGUGUACCUUCAAAUGCUAGUCAGCCUCUGAUCUUUGAUUGGACUCUUGACAACAUCACUUCACAAUCAUAUGUAUACAUGCAUUUCGCUGAAAUCCAGACUCUUAAGGAUAAUGACAUCAGAGAAUUCAACAUUACUUAUAAUGGUGGUCAGAAUGUGUACUCCUAUUUGAGGCCUGAAAAAUUCGAGAUAUCAACUCUAUUCGAUUCAAAGCCUUUGAGUUCUCCGGAUGGCAGUUUCAGUUUGUCUUUCACGAAGACCGGUAACUCAACUCUUCCUCCUCUUAUCAACGGCCUCGAGAUUUAUAAAGUCUUAGACCUUCUAGAACUCGAGACAGAUCAAGAUGAAGUUUCUGCUAUGAUAAACAUCAAGGCAACGUAUGAUUUGAGCAAAAAGGUUAGCUGGCAAGGAGAUCCAUGUGCUCCUAAGUCUUAUCAGUGGGAAGGUUUAAACUGCAGUUAUCCAAACUCUGAUCAACCUCGGAUCAUAUCCUUGAACUUGGCAGAGAACAAGUUGACCGGUACCAUAACACCUGAAAUAUCCAAGCUAACACAGUUGAUAGAGCUAGAUUUGUCAAAAAACGAUUUAUCAGGAGAGAUACCGGAGUUUUUUGCAGAUAUGAAGUUAUUAAAACUUAUAAACUUAAGUGGAAAUCUAGGUCUCAACAGCACAAUUCCAGACUCUAUUCAACAAAGAUUAGAUAGCAAAUCUCUAAUACUAAUUUUGAGUAAGACUGUUACUAAAACUGUCACCCUGAAAGGCAAAAGUAAAAAGGUUCCAAUGAUUCCUAUCGUAGCGUCAGUGGCUGGUGUGUUCGCUCUGCUAGUUAUCUUGGCCAUCUUUUUCGUCGUUAGAAGGAAAAACGGGGAAAGUAAUAAGGGUACGAAUCCAUCAAUCAUAACAAAGGAACGCAGGAUCACGUAUCCCGAGGUACUAAAGAUGACUAAUAACUUUGAGAGAGUUCUUGGUAAAGGAGGAUUUGGAACAGUGUACCAUGGAAACUUGGAGGAUACUCAAGUAGCUGUGAAAAUGCUCUCUCAUUCGUCAGCUCAAGGGUAUAAAGAGUUCAAAGCAGAGGUUGAACUUCUUUUAAGAGUUCACCAUAGAAAUUUGGUGGGACUUGUGGGUUACUGUGAUGAUGGAGAUAACUUGGCUUUGAUUUAUGAAUACAUGGCUAAUGGAGAUCUCAAGGAGAAUAUGUCAGGAAAACGUGGAGGCAAUGUCCUUACCUGGGAAAACAGGAUGCAAAUAGCUGUAGAGGCUGCACAAGGAUUGGAGUAUCUUCACAAUGGAUGUACGCCUCCUAUGGUCCAUAGAGAUGUUAAAACUACCAACAUCUUAUUGAAUGAGCGGUAUGGAGCAAAACUAGCCGACUUUGGGCUCUCAAGAUCUUUCCCAGUUGAUGGCGAAAGUCAUGUCUCGACAGUGGUUGCGGGCACACCUGGUUACCUUGACCCUGAGUACUACAGAACAAACUGGCUAAGCGAGAAGAGUGAUGUGUACAGCUUCGGUGUAGUCCUAUUAGAGAUAGUCACAAACCAGCCUGUGACAGAUAAAACAAGAGAGAGAACUCACAUCAAUGAAUGGGUUGGGUCCAUGCUCACUAAAGGGGACAUCAAGAGCAUCCUUGACCCAAAACUGAUGGGGGACUAUGACACAAACGGUGCCUGGAAGAUUGUUGAGCUGGCUCUUGCAUGUGUGAACCCGUCUUCAAACCGGAGACCAACAAUGGCACACGUCGUGACUGAGCUAAACGAAUGUGUGGCCUUAGAAAAUGCAAGGCGACAAGGUCGUGAAGAGAUGCACACAAGUGGUUAUGUUGACUUUAGUCGCUCUUCUGCUUCCGAAUUUUCCCCUGGAGCCAGAUAAAUUGAGAGAAUAUCUUCCGAACUUCCAAUGUAUUUAUUGAAUAAACUAUCUACACUCUAUAAUUUCUUUUGUAUAAAACUGAGAUGACUAUGACACAAACGGUGUGUGGAAGGUUGUAGAGUUGGCUUUAGCUUGUGUAAACCCGUCUAACCGUCUUCAAGACGUAGACCGACGAUGCCACACGUGGUGAUGGAGCUAAACGAAUGUCUUGCUCUGGAAAACGAAAGGAAACAAGGUCGUCAACUCAAAGGAUUUCUGUUUCUGAUUUUGCUCCUAGAGUGAGGUAAAAUGAAAGUAUUUAAUGUGUUUGAUAUUGAAAUGUUUAAGAUAGCUGUGUACAUAAGACCCGAUGGUUGUUCCCAAAAAAGCAAUAGCC